AUGUUUCAAAGAUGUUUUUCACUAUUGAUAAAAAAGCAUGCUUAUCUGGAUAUAAUUAUUCUAUGGCUUGUAUUUAUGUAUAUUCUUAUUUCUCCUUAUACAAAAAUUGAGGAAAGGAUGAAUUUGCAUGCAGUUCAUGAUAUUCUUUCUUUUGGUGUAACUAAAGGUUUAAAAAAUUAUGAUCAUUUUAAGUUUCCUGAGGCUAUACCUCGGACAUUUAUAGGGCCGCUUUUAAUAUCUGGUUUUAUAUUUCCAGUGAAAUGUGUAUUAGAGUUGUUUUUUGGGGAAUUAAAAAAGCCUUAUCUUCAGAUUUUACUUAGAGCAGCUUUAGGUGUAUUUAAUUCUUUGGCUAUUAUUAUGUUUCGUCAUAAAAUUAUUAAAUGUUAUGGUACUAUCAUAGGCUUGUGGUAUGGAAUUUUUCAAUUGAGUCAGUUCCAUAUAAUGUAUUACGCGUCUAGAACAUUGCCAAAUAUGUUUGCUUUUGGAGUUUGUACAUCAAUAAUAGGUUAUUUUCUCGAGAAUAAGAACAUAUUAAAAGGUUUAUUUGUUUUAACAUUUGUUUCUGUCAUUUUUAGAUUUGAGAUUAUAUUAUUGACAAUGACUUACGCAUUGUAUUAUUGGGUUUGUAAUGUUGUUAAAAUACGAGAAAUAAUUAAAACAUGUAUUUUUUCUGCAAUUAUCGGGCUUUUUUUUAGUAUUGUAGUUGAUUCAUGGUUUUGGCAAAAAUACUUUUUAUGGCCAGAGGGUGUAGCAUUUUAUUUUAAUAUUAUAGAAGGAAAAAGUUCUAAUUGGGGGGUUUCUGCGUGGCAUAUAUAUUUUUCUACAUAUAUACCUAAAUUAUUAUUAAACCCGCUUUUUCUUGUUUUAUGGGGGGUUUCACUUUUUACGCGUACUAAGGAUACUGUUAAUUUAUUGGUUCCAAAUAUAGGAUUUGCUCUUAUUUAUUCUCUAGUUCCACAUAAAGAGUGGAGAUUUAUUAUUUAUAUUAUUCCUUCUUUAACUGCUAUAAGUGCUAUUGGAGCAGCACAUAUUUAUAAUAAAAGACAUAAGUCAUUAAUGUUCAUGAUAAUGUUGUUAAUAUUGAUUGUUGUUACUAUAAUGACACUUUGUUUAAGUUUAAUAAUGUCUUUGAUUUCUAGUUUGAACUAUCCUGGAGGAUUUGCUUUACAUGUUAUUCAUAAUGAUUUUAAUUUACGUGAAGGGGAAUUAGAGAAAAUUUACUUAGAUACGUAUACUCGCAUGACAGGAGCAACUUUAUUUUUGCAAUAUAAUGAAAAAGUUAUUUAUGAUAGGACAGAAAAUCCAAAAUUGUUAAGCAAUUCUACUUUCUUUGAAACAAUUGAUUGGGUUAUUAGUGAUAUAUCUCUUUUUCAACCAAAAGGAAAUUGGGAAAUAAAAAAGUAUAUAAAAGGAUACUCUGGGAUUGGGAGUAGACAAUCUUUUAACUCUAAUAUUUUAACAAAAUUAUGUCCAAAUAUAAAAAUUGAAAAUAAAAUACAGGUUUUAAAAAACAAUAAAAAUCAGGAUAUAUAG